AUGUUCAAAAUCAUUGGAGAUUUGUUCAUAUCUAUCUUUCUGUCUGUUCGUAUCUACCUAUCUGAGUCUGUUCGUUAUCUAUCUAUUUAUCUAUCUAUCUAUCUGACUUCCUUAUAUCUAUCUAUCUAUCUAUCUAUCUAUCUAUCCCAUUCUGUUCAUUAUCUAUCUAUCUGUCUGAGUCUGUUCGUAUAUGUCUAUCUAUCUAUCUAUGACAGCCUCCCCAUAUCUAUCUAUCUAUCUGAGUCUGUUCGUUAUCUAUCUAUCUAUCUAUCUAUCUAUCUGAGUCUUUUCAUAUCUAUCUAUUCUUCCUUAUAUCUAUCUAUCUAUCUGAGUCGGAUCUAUCUAUCUAUCUAUCUAUGUAUCUAUCUAUCUAUCUAUGACAGAUUUCUCAUAUCUAUCUAUCUAUCUUUCUCAUCUGUUCGUUAUCUAUCUAUCUAUCUAUCUAUCUAUCUGAGUCUGUUCAUAUCUAUCUAUUGUUUCUGUUCGUUAUCUGUCUAUCUGUCUGAGUUUGGGCGUAUCUAUCUACCUUUAUAUCUAUCUAUGACAGCUUCCUCAUAUCUAUAUAUCUAUCUAUCCAUCUAUCUAUCUAUCUAUCUUAGUCUACCUGACAAGAACAGCGGCGUUUGGGCGCCAUUUUGCAUUCUCUCCUCCUCCUUCUUCUUCUUCUUCUUCUUGUCGAUAGUUUCUGCUGUUUUUGUGUGUAAGUCUUUCUGUGUGUCGCUUUCUCUUGUUCGUGUCUUUUAUAUUCUUUUCACCCUUUUGUAUCCAUCUUUUCUUUCUUGUUCUUUCUUCUUCUUUUUGUAA